AUGACCUCGUUUAUUCCCAUGGCAGGUGUCCAGCUGCCCUUCCAACGGCGGCUGAGCAGGCUCUACAAUGAUACCAAGAAGUCGUCAGACUUCGUCAAGGAGCCAGCCCAAAAUGCCGAAGCCGACCCCGAGAUCAAAGCUCUGCACCGCAAGCUCCGUAUCCAGAAGGACCGCCUCGUCACUUGGGGCCUGGAAUGGUCAGAUCCAAGCCAGUCGGCCGAGAACCAGUCGGCCGAGGUGUUGAUAGACUCGUCUCUCUCCAAGGCUGGCCUCAGCGAGAUUGUCGGCAGCAUCAUGUCGACCAUCAAGGACAUCCUCGCCGAGGCCGAGCCUCUGUGGCACAGUUCCCGCCGUUUGGCUGGCGAGAGGUUCGACUCGGACCCGCUCCCGAGAAGGGGUGAGAAAAUCCGCCUCGUCGUUUGGGACAGGAACCGCUUCGAGGACCUGGUGCGCGACCUGACCACCUCUAUCGACACGCUCUACGACCUGUCUAGAACCAGGUCAUCGUAUGCCCAGGCGUCCGCCCCUGUCCGGGCGAGACUCUCCAAGCCUUCCGUCGCCCCUGAAGACGAGCGCCCCUUUGAGUCGUCGAGAAUACAGGCGCCCACACAGAUCGACCCCAAGACGCUGAGGAAUCUUCGCUCCAUGCAGGCAGAGCCCAUGACGGACCUCGUUGACGAUCGGGCUCGCGAGAUUGUUUUUAUGAGCCAACAAGCUUACUCGGAGCUCAUCCACGGGUCUACUGGCCGCGAGUCUCACGCCCCCCUUCUCCUCGAGUAUGCAUCCUUUGACUCUAUCUACUCCAUCACAGGCAUCACGCCACCCCUGACGCGCUUCGAGAAGCUGUCGUCGGGUCUCCAAAGCGAGCCACAGCGGUCGCCUGGGUCGUGGACUGGCCUCCCUCGCCUGGUGGCCUACUUUGAGGACAUGGAAAACUCUAGAUAUGGCCUCGUCUACCAGUUCCCACGAACCUUCAACCCCGUCUCAUUUGAACACCUGACCCGAAACCCACUGUACAACCUGUGUUCCCUAUCCGAUCUCUUGGCUCGUCCCGACUUUGAGCCAAAGCUCGAAGCAAAGUUCCGGCUGGCGGCAAAUUUGGCCAACACGAUUUUCGAUCUGCAUGCCAGGGGUAUCACGCACGGCAACCUCAUCGACAAAAACGUCUCUUUCUGUAAUGCCGUAGGGACCGACCCGGAAAUCAGCGGGAUCACGCAGGGGGAAGUGGAUAUAAGGCGGCCACUGGUCUCAUCCUUUGAUCUCUUCUCAGACCCGCAGUCUGAGGAUGCUCCCAGGCCAUUCUCUUUGUACAUGCACCCCCUUGACCCCAGGAACAGCGUCCAAUCGCCACUCCUCAACCAUGCUGGCUCCAAAACCUUUGAUCUAUACUCCCUGGCCAUGGUACUCUUGUCCGUCGGCCUCUGGACUAAGCUCGAAAACCUCGUGCCCAAUGCAGAGUCCGGCGGAGUCCCAGAAUCCCUCCUUGGACAGCUUGCCAUCCGGUGCGGCACUCUUUACACCAAAGCUGUCCAGGCAUGUUGGAAUGCCGUCGAUCUUGAGAUGAAAGGCUCCCACACCGCCGAUCAAAUCGUUUCUCAUGUCCAGUUCAAGGCCAGCCGCUAUUUGGAAGCGUGCUGCAUUCUAGAUGGCGUCAGCAACCUCGAGGAGCGGCUUGGCGAUGAUAUUGGCGAUGCUAGUCUGGAACCAGAAAGCCUCAGCACGUCCCAGUUAGCUGGCACUUCAAAGGAACUCCAAUCUGAGAAGCAGCGUGGCUCAACCCCAGCUACCCCAUCCGAGGGUAGAACUGGACGAUGGACGCAUCCUUCCGAGAGCCCGACGAUUUCGCUUUCGGCGUCACAGGGACGAGCUUCAGCUUCGGGAAUAGCUGAAACGCCAGCCAAGUUACCGUCAGCUAAGACACGGCUGUAUCCGCAAGUUCCUCUGCCCCCUCAUGUCAUACAGCAGUGGAGCACAAUUGUGAUGCCACAGAUCAACAUCGCCUUACACCAUUUCUAUCGCAAGAACCCAGAGUCGGUUGAGAUCUCGCUCGAGUCGAUUGGUGAAUCGCCACAGAGUACGAAACCGACAGUCCUUGUGGUAUGCACCUCUGUGGGCAAAGUGCGAGCCAUUCUCAAGAAGAGGCUCGCGACUUUUUUCGACGGCACGACAGGGUUGGCACUCAAGGUCUGUCGGGGCCAGGUUCUACGCUCCCGCAACGACCGCGUUGGCCGGAGUAUGACCAGGCCUGGGGACGACGGGCAUGAUGAGAUUAAGGCUGCCAAUCCAGACUACCAAGAACGGCCAAGCAAUGGGGCAAGCAUCGGGGCCUGGAUCGGGGACCGUCACCUGCCCCCGGUAAGCUUUGGGGGGCUAAUUGUGGUUGACGACAAACCAUAUGGCAUGACGGUUCAUCACAUGUUGGAUGAUCCUGACCAAGGCACGCACGCGACCACGUCCAAGGAGGGUAUUUCCAGGAGCAUGGCCGGACCACAGCCCCUGACGGACCUCGCUGCGUGGUAUGCUGAGCAGUACCCGAAUAGCGAGUCGGACCCCGACAGCAGCGGCACAGAAGACUACGCCUGCGAGUUUUCCGAGUCCGACUCGGAUUCGUUUUCCGAGUCCGCCAUCACUUCGGACGACGACGAGGAGGACGAUGAUGAUGUUCAGUACGGCGAGGUUGGAGACAUACCCGGCAUAGAGCCCGGGUGCGGAGAAGGCUACAUCGUCACGCAGCCAGCGCAGGAUGAUGUUCCAGAUGGGUUCUACCCCUCGAGCGAGACCCAAGACGAAGACCACCUCGAUACGUAUGGCCUCGGUGAGGUAUACGCAUCGAGCGGCAUUAAGCGACGCUUAGAGGACGGCAUGUUACACGAGAUUGACUGGGCCCUGUUUGAGUUUAAAGACGACCGGCUACCGGAUGACAACUUGAUCCCUCGGGCUGACCAGCUUAGCGAGACCCGAGGCCAGCGAGUCGAACCCAGAUCGUCCAGGUCACUGAGAUCAUCUACCAGCAGGCCUACAAUCCACCCCACCACAGUCGCGCGGACGUCGAGCCUGCCCGGGCUGGAAGUCCAAUGCAUGGCGCGCACGAGCGGGCUACAGACUGGCUUGAUCCUCCCAGCUGUUGCGUCAGUCAAGAUUUACGGGCGCAUGACCCCUAGCCAUAUCUACCAAGUGUCGGGGACUUCGCCGAAUGGGGUCUCUAAUAGAACGACGGGAAGCGGCGAAGAGAGCGGCAAGCCCAGGCGGGCCCUUCCCAUGGGAAUCCCGGGAGACAGCGGUGCAUGGGUGGUGGAUCGCCACCAUGGGCAACUUUGCGGCCACGUUCUGGCGUGGAGCGAACGGAAACGGGUGGCUUACGUUUGCCCCAUGGACGUUUUGCUCCUCGACAUUGCCGAAACUUUGGAGGCUGGCGAGAUCCGACUACCCAGCGGCGAGGUUCUGCUGUCUAACCCGGAACACAACAACGGCAAGCGAGCGAGCAGGCUGACGCACAUCAGUGAGGCGUCGGAUCGCCAUUGUAGCUGGUAUAGCGAAGAUGUAGACACGGAGACACUGAGCCUCGCCGCAGUGAGCAAAUCCCGGUGGAGCCGAACGCUGUCGCAGAACCAGAGGGGCUCGCUUUUUCUGAGCCAACAACAGCUGGAUUCACUGGCCGAGAACGACAAUGAUGAAGCUGAAGACGACUCAUACGACGAAGGUGUUGAGGUAGAGCUUGCUCGAGACAUUAAAAAGAUGCACUUGGAUGAUCUGGCCGAACGAGACGCGUCUGUGCAGGUGGGCAGAUGGAGGGUCACUUAA